AUGGUACCGCACCUGACCUUGAGCCACCAGGACAGUGGCUGUUCCUUUGAUGAGCACUACAGCAACUGUGGUUAUAGUGUGGCCCUGGGGACCAAUGGGUUUACCUGGGAGCAGAUUAACACGUGGGAGAAACCAGUGCUGGAUCCAGCUCUGCCCACAGGGUCCUUCAUGAUGGUGAAUAGCUCCGGGAGGGCCUCUGGCCAGAAGGCCCACCUCCUCCUGCCAACGCUGAAGGAGAACGACACGCACUGCAUCGAUUUCCACUACUACUUCUCCAGCCGCGACCGGUCCAGCCCGGGCGCCUUGAAUGUCUACGUGAAGGUGAACGGCGGGCCCCAGGGAAACCCCGUCUGGAACGUGUCCGGCGUCGUCACGGAGGGCUGGGUCAAGGCAGAGCUGGCCAUCAGCACCUUCUGGCCACAUUUCUACCAGGUGAUAUUUGAAUCCGUCUCUUUGAAAGGUCAUCCUGGCUACAUCGCUGUGGACGAGGUCCGGGUCCUCGCUCAUCCAUGCAGAAAAGCACCUCACUUUCUGCGGCUCCAAAAUGUUGAGGUGAAUGUGGGGCAGAACGCCACGUUUCAGUGCAUUGCUGGCGGGAAGUGGUCUCAGCAUGACAAACUGUGGCUCCAGCAAUGGAAUGGCAGGGACACAGCCCUCAUGGUCACCCGCGUGGUCAACCACAGGCGCUUCUCGGCCACGGUCAGCGUGGCGGACACUGCCCAGCGGAGUGUGAGCAAAUACCGCUGCGUCAUCCGCUCUGAUGGUGGCUCUGGAGUGUCCAACUACGCAGAGCUGAUCGUGAAAGAGCCUCCUACCCCCAUCGCGCCCCCAGAGCUGCUGGCCGUGGGGGCCACAUACCUGUGGAUCAAGCCCAAUGCCAACUCCAUCAUCGGGGACGGCCCCAUCAUCCUGAAGGAGGUGGAAUACCGCACCACCACCGGCACCUGGGCCGAGACCCACAUAGUUGACUCUCCCAACUAUAAGCUGUGGCACUUGGACCCUGACGUGGAGUAUGAGAUACGGGUUCUACUCACAAGGCCAGGAGAGGGGGGCACAGGACCACCUGGGCCUCCGCUCACCACCAGGACCAAGUGCGCAGACCCCGUGCACGGCCCGCAGAAUGUAGAGAUUGUGGACAUCCGAGCCCGGCAGCUGACCCUCCAGUGGGAGCCCUUCGGCUACACGGUGACCCGCUGCCACAGCUACAACCUCACGGUGCAGUACCAGUACGUGUUCAACCAGCAGCAGUACGAGGCCGAGGAGGUCAUUCAGACCUCCUCCCACUACACCCUGCGAGGCCUGCGGCCCUUCAUGACCAUCCGGCUGCGGCUCCUGCUGUCCAACCCUGAGGGCCGGAUGGAGAGCGAGGAGCUGGUGGUGCAAACAGAGGAGGAUGUUCCAGGAGCUGUUCCUCUAGAGUCCAUCCAAGGAGGGCCCUUUGAAGAGAAGAUCUACAUCCAAUGGAAACCUCCCAAUGAGACCAACGGGGUCAUCACGCUUUACGAGAUCAACUACAAGGCCGUGGGCUCCCUCGACCCGAGUGCUGACCUCUCCAGCCAGAGGGGGAAAGUGUUCAAGCUCCGGAAUGAAACCCACCACCUGUUUGUGGGUCUGUAUCCAGGGACCACCUACUCCUUCACCAUCAAGGCCAGCACAGCAAAGGGCUUCGGGCCCCCCGUCACCACAAGGAUCGCCACCAAAAUUUCAGCUCCGUCCAUGCCUGAGUAUGACACAGACACGCCGCUGAACGAAACAGACACAACCAUCACGGUGAUGCUGAAGCCUGCUCAGUCCAGGGGAGCCCCUGUCAGUGUUUACCAGCUGGUUGUCAAGGAGGAGAGACUUCAGAAGUCACGGAGAGCAGCUGACAUCAUCGAGUGCUUUUCGGUGCCUGUGAGCUACAGGAACGCCUCCAGCCUUGAUUCUCUGCACUACUUUGCUGCUGAAUUGAAGCCCGCCAACCUGCCUGUCACUCAGCCCUUUACAGUGGGUGACAACAAGACAUACAAUGGCUACUGGAACCCCCCACUUUCCCCUCUGAAAAGCUACAGUAUCUACUUCCAAGCACUCAGCAAAGCCAAUGGCGAAACGAAAAUCAACUGUGUUCGUCUGGCUACAAAAGCACCAAUGGGCAGCGCCCAGGUGACCCCGGGGACUCCACUCUGCCUCCUCACCACAGGUGCCUCCACUCAGAAUUCCAACACCGUGGAGCCAGAGAAGCAGGUGGACAACACCGUGAAGAUGGCCGGCGUGAUAGCGGGCCUCCUCAUGUUCAUCAUCAUUCUCUUGGGCGUGAUGCUCACCAUCAAAAGGAGAAGAAAUGCUUAUUCCUACUCCUAUUACUUGAAGCUGGCCAAGAAGCAGAAGGAGACACAGAGUGGAGCCCAGAGGGAGAUGGGGCCUGUGGCCUCGACCGACAAACCUACCACCAAGCUCACCACCAGCCGCAACGAUGAAGGCUUCUCCUCCAGCUCUCAGGAUGUUAAUGGAUUCACAGAUGGCAGCCGCGGAGAGCUGGCCCAGCCCACCCUCACGAUCCAGACUCACCCCUACCGGGCCUGCGACCCGAUGGAGAUGAGCUAUCCCCGGGACCAGUUCCAGCCCGCCAUCCGGGUGGCCGACCUGCUGCAGCACAUCACGCAGAUGAAGAGAGGCCAGGGCUACGGCUUCAAGGAGGAAUAUGAGGCUUUACCGGAGGGGCAGACAGCUUCGUGGGACACAGCCAAAGAAGAUGAAAAUCGCAAUAAGAAUCGAUACGGAAACAUCAUAUCCUAUGACCAUUCCCGGGUGAGGCUGCUGGUGCUGGAUGGCGACCCGCACUCUGACUACAUCAACGCCAACUACAUUGAUGGAUACCAUCGACCUCGGCACUACAUUGCAACUCAAGGUCCAAUGCAGGAGACCGUAAAGGACUUUUGGAGAAUGAUCUGGCAGGAGAACUCGGCCAGCAUCGUCAUGGUCACCAACCUCGUGGAAGUGGGCAGGCACCCAGCGGAACACACUGUGGGAAAUGCCACUCUAGGCCGCGCGGCGUCCCCCGGAAUGGUGAAGUGUGUGCGAUACUGGCCAGACGACACAGAGGUCUACGGAGACAUUAAAGUCACCCUGAUUGAAACAGAGCCCCUGGCAGAAUACGUCAUACGCACCUUCACAGUCCAGAAGAAAGGCUACCAUGAGAUCCGGGAGCUCCGCCUCUUCCACUUCACCAGCUGGCCCGACCACGGCGUCCCCUGCUAUGCCACUGGCCUCCUGGGCUUUGUCCGCCAGGUCAAGUUCCUCAACCCUCCCGAAGCCGGGCCCAUCGUGGUCCACUGCAGUGCUGGAGCCGGGAGGACCGGCUGCUUCAUCGCCAUCGACACCAUGCUUGACAUGGCCGAGAACGAAGGUGUGGUGGACAUCUUCAACUGCGUGCGCGAGCUCCGGGCCCAGAGGGUCAACCUGGUGCAGACAGAGGAGCAGUACGUGUUCGUGCACGAUGCCAUCCUGGAAGCGUGCCUCUGCGGCAACACGGCCAUCCCCGUGUGCGAGUUCCGCUCUCUCUACUACAACAUCAGCAGGCUGGACCCCCAGACCAACUCCAGCCAAAUCAAAGACGAGUUUCAGACCCUCAACAUUGUGACACCCCACGUCCGACCUGAGGACUGCAGCAUCGGGCUCCUGCCUCGGAACCACGAUAAGAAUCGGAGCAUGGAUGUCCUGCCUCUGGACCGCUGCCUGCCCUUCCUCAUCUCAGUGGAUGGAGAAUCCAGCAACUACAUCAAUGCAGCGCUGAUGGACAGCCACAAGCAGCCUGCCGCCUUCGUGGUCACGCAGCACCCGCUACCCAACACCGUGGCGGACUUCUGGAGGCUGGUGUUUGAUUAUAACUGCUCCUCCGUGGUGAUGCUGAAUGAGCUGGACACAGCCCAGCUCUGCAUGCAGUACUGGCCUGAGAAGACCUCGGGGUGCUACGGGCCCAUCCAGGUGGAGUUCGUCUCUGCAGACAUCGACGAGGACAUCAUCCACAGGAUAUUCCGCAUCUGCAACAUGGCUCGGCCACAGGAUGGGUAUCGUAUAGUCCAGCACCUUCAGUACAUUGGCUGGCCUGCCUACCGGGACACGCCCCCCUCCAAGCGCUCUCUGCUCAAGGUGGUCCGGCGGCUGGAGAAGUGGCAGGAGCAGUACGACGGGCGGGAGGGACGCACGGUGGUCCACUGCCUAAACGGGGGAGGCCGCAGCGGAACCUUCUGUGCCAUCUGCAGUGUGUGUGAGAUGAUCCAGCAGCAAAACAUCAUCGACGUGUUCCAUAUCGUGAAAACACUGCGUAACAACAAGUCCAACAUGGUGGAGACCCUGGAACAGUAUAAGUUUGUAUACGAGGUGGCACUGGAAUAUUUAAGCUCCUUUUAGCCUGAUGCGACGGGGAACCUGCCGGAGUCCAGAGGCCGCUGCCUUCACGCUCCCUUUCCUGUGACAGCAGCACCUGGGCUCAGGGGCUGAGAGGCGGCGCCCCGCCCAACGCAAGGAGGAGACUGGCGGGCCCAUGUUCCGUGGUGGGCUCUGCACCUUCGCGGGGGUCUCCUGCAGCUGUGGCAGAUGCGGCUCUGAGAGGCCCGGGCUUCCCUUGCACACCCUACCAGCCACAGACACGGAC